AUGAAUCGAAUGAUUCAUACGCAGUCUGAACCGCAGACUUCGUUUGGAGGGCAGUCGUCGUCCCAACACAUGCAACAACAACAACAACAGCAGCAACAACAAGCCCCCCAUCCCCAUCAAAAUCAGCAUGCACAAUUAAUAAAUCGAAUCAUAUCAUCUGCAUAUAAUAAUCAACAUGAUAAUGGAUCUUUUGAUUCGAGUAUUCUCUUAAAUGGACAACAAAAGUUUCAGUUCGACCUGUUCCAAGGCCACCAGAACCAUUUAAUGCAAAAUGGGGGCGGUGGUCUAUUGGGUAAUAAUCAACAGGCGCCACGUGGUGGUACAAAUGGAACAUCGUCAUCAUCCACAACAGCUACUACUACUACGUCGACAAAGAAAAAAAAAGGACAAGGACCCGGAAGGCGACCUGCUUUGGAUGCUAAUGGAAUGCCAAAAGAACGUCCAUUCGUGUGCCCCCGUCCGGAUUGUCAAAAACGUUUCUGUCGGAAUGAUCAUUUACAGCGACACAUGAGAAUACAUACGGGACAACGACUAUUUCAGUGUCGAACUUGUCUCCGAUCAUUCUCUCGAUCGGAUCACUUGGCAAAACAUGAACGAACACAUUCGGCUGAUAAACCGUAUAGUUGUUUGACGUGUGCACGUAGAUUCCAUAAACAUGAGGAGAAGAAGAAGCAUGAGGAGAAAUGCCAACACAAAGUCGAAGAUCAACAACAAGGUGGCGCUGGUCGCCAACAGCUUAAUUUGAUGGGAAAUGCACAUAAUAUGUAUCCAAAUCAGAUGAUAUUGAACGGUUCAAUGCAAUCGCCCAACUCGAACAACUUGAACAUGAUGAUACCUGCGACGACAUUUAAGCUUCAGGGUGGAGCUGGUGGUGGAGCAUCACAAGCUUCUGCUCCAGGAGGAGGAAGCUCACAGCAGCCAAAUCCCCUUGAAAUACGAUCACUUAUUGCACAAAAUCGCUGAAUUUUUUUUUGAAUUGAACAAAAAUUAGGGCUCUCGGGGUACUGUAGGUGAUUGGAGUUUUUUUUUGAAGGCGAAA